GAUACAUAGUGGAUCUAUUGGCUGCAAGCAUGGCCCAAGGCACAGAUGUUGUAAACAUUAUGAGGACAACUGUAUCUCCUACUGCAUUAAAGGUUUUAUACGGAUGUUCAGUGUUGGCUACUUAAUUCAGUGCUGCCUUCGUAUUCCAUCAGCACUUAGACACCUGUUUACAAAGCCAUCUUGGCUAUUGUCUGCUUUGUACAAUAAAGAAAACUUCCAGCUUGGAGCAUUUCUAGGAUCUUUUGUCAGUAUUUACAAGGGUGUAAGUUGCUUCCUCCGAUGGGUGAGAAAUUUGGAUGAUGAACUUCACGCAUUGAUUGCUGGUUUCUUAGCAGGAAUGUCAAUGAUGUUUUACAAAAGCACAACCAUCUCGAUGUAUCUGGCUUCUAAACUAGUGGAGACAAUGUAUUUCAAGGGCAUUGAUGCAGGAAAAUGUCCGUAUGUUGCGCAUGCAGACACCGUCAUCUAUGCGAUUUCCACAGCCAUAUGCUUUCAAGCUGCUGUGAUGGAAGUACAGAACUUACGACCUUCCUACUGGAAGUUUCUACUGAGACUUACACAGGGAAGGUAA